AUGGGCCGUCUCUUUGGUUUUAGUAUGUUUUGUUUCAAUUAUAGCAUAAGUAUUCACUCACGCAUUUACUUUAUGCAGGUACUCCUUCUUUUGUCUAUAUUUACAUACGCACAUGGCUAUAAAGAAAGCACAGGAUCUAAGAGUAAUAUACUGCAGCAGGCACAGGAUGUAACAAAAAUAACAGAGCACAUAGACAUCCACCCAUCUACUAUAAAUCAAGAAAGCUCAAACAAAAUUAGAGAAGAAAAUAUCUUAAAGCAGAAAGAAUAUAGCAAAGCUAUAGAUAGAAACAUAAACUAUGCGCUUUCUACUCUUACCAGACAGGAGAAAGAAAUUUCCAGAAUUAGAAAAGCGCUGCUGUCAAUAUCGAAAGCAGUGGGCUCUUUUAUGCAAGAAAAAGAGAGACAAAGUAUAGAAAAGGACAAGUUUGUGGCUGUGUUUGAUGGCGGCUCAACCGGAACUAGACUAAAUAUAUACCAGUUCAACGAAAAAGGCCUGGCGCUUAAGUCUCAUUUAUUUAAGAAUAUUUCUCCUGGGAUACAUCUAUCCCAGAAUCCAGAAGAAGACAUUAAAUCUCUUCUUUCUUUUGGAACAACUUAUUUGGAAAAGCACGGGCACGCCACAGGAUAUGACUUUCCUGUUGUAUUUAAUGGAACUGCUGGUUUGCGGCUAAUUAGUGAGAGUGCCAGAAACAGCCUUCUGGAGAGAAUUAAGAAGACAAUUCUUAGUGAAACUGAAAAAAAAGAGGUGGAAGUGCGUGUAAUUGAUGGGAAAGAAGAAGGAUUUUACGCCUGGGCAGCACUUGCUUUUGUGACACAACUCAAAGAGAAAAUAGGGAUUAUUGAUCUGGGGGGUGGGUCUGCACAGAUUUCAUUUGAGGUAGAUAAGGACGCCCAAAGCAUUCAAGAGGGAAUAGUGCACGGGAAAAACAAAGACGUUCUCUCCCGCUCUUUCCUGGGCAUGGGGCUGGUGGCUGGCCUUAAUCAGAUACACGAAAUGGACACUAAAAAUUACUGCAAGUGGGGCUCUCCAACCUUUGACAUAGGCAAGUGCAAAGGGCAUAUAAAAAGUACAAUAAGCACAAUGAUACAAAGUACAACACAUGGAAAAGAAGUUGCUCCCGGCCUGUCUCAGAUAAACACGAUUUUUGUCUCCUCUUUUAUUGCAGAAAUGUUGCAUAUGAUUAAAACUCCAUCCACUGCGCAGUUUAAAGACAUAAAGGAAAUUGCCACUUCUGUCUGCAAAAACAGCAUUAAUAGUCCGAAUAAGACCUCUCCGCAUGCCUCUUCAUCUAGCAACCCUUCUCCACAUACUACUCCCGCACCAGACUGCGUUAGUGUGCUAUACACUGUAAUGUUUAUGGAGAACUUGGGCGUAGGUCUCUUUACACCGAUUAAAAAUGUGUCAACCAUCCCCACUGAUAUAAGCUGGUCUCUUGGAAGAGCAUUGUCUCUUAUUGAAUAG